AUGUCCACUCCGAGCAGAUUCAAAAAGGACAAAGAGAUCAUCGCCGAGUAUGAAAGUCAAGUCAAAGAAAUUCGAGCUCAACUGGUAGAACAACAGAAAUGCCUGGAGCAGCAGACAGAGAUGAGAGUUCAGCUUCUGCAGGACCUGCAAGAUUUCUUCCGGAAAAAAGCUGAAAUUGAGACUGAUUAUUCUCGGAACCUCGAAAAGUUAGCAGAAAGAUUCAUGGCCAAAACAAGAAGCACUAAGGAUCAUCAACAGUACAAGAAAGACCAGAACUUGUUGUCUCCAGUGAACUGCUGGUAUUUGCUCCUGAACCAAGUGAGGCGAGAAAGCAAAGACCACGCCACCUUGAGUGACAUCUAUCUGAACAAUGUGAUUAUGCGGUUCAUGCAGAUAAGUGAGGAUUCCACCAGGAUGUUUAAAAAGAGCAAAGAGAUUGCAUUCCAGCUUCAUGAGGAUUUGAUGAAGGUUCUCAAUGAGCUCUAUACGGUGAUGAAAACAUACCAUAUGUAUCACGCCGAGAGCAUCAGCGCAGAGAGCAAACUGAAAGAGGCUGAGAAACAAGAAGAAAAGCAAAUUGGCAGGUCUGGUGAUCCAGUCUUCCACAUUAGACUGGAAGAGAGACAUCAGCGGCGAAGCUCGGUGAAAAAAAUUGAAAAAAUGAAGGAAAAAAGACAAGCAAAAUAUUCGGAAAACAAGCUUAAGUCGAUUAAGGCACGGAAUGAAUAUCUCCUAACCCUUGAAGCAACCAAUGCCUCAGUUUUCAAGUAUUAUAUUCAUGAUCUUUCAGAUUUAAUUGAUUGCUGCGAUCUUGGCUACCAUGCAAGUCUAAACAGAGCCCUGCGAACCUAUCUCUCUGCGGAGUAUAACCUUGAAACCUCCAGACAUGAGGGCUUAGACAUUAUUGAGAAUGCAGUUGACAAUUUGGAGCCCAGGAGUGAUAAGCAGAGAUUCAUGGAGAUGUACCCUGCUGCGUUCUGCCCACCAAUGAAGUUUGAGUUUCAGUCUCACAUGGGUGAUGAGGUGUGCCAGGUCAGCGCCCAGCAACCAGUCCAAGCGGAGCUCAUGCUGAGGCACCAACAGCUGCAGUCCCGCCUGGCCACGCUCAAGAUCGAGAACGAGGAGGUUAAGAAAACGACCGAGGCCACCCUGCAGACAAUACAGGAUAUGGUCACUAUCGAGGACUACGAUGUUUCUGAAUGCUUCCAGCACAGCCGCUCCACAGAGUCUGUGAAGUCCACGGUCUCUGAGACCUAUCUGAGUAAGCCCAGCAUCGUCAAGAGGAGAGCCAAUCAGCAGGAGACGGAGCAGUUCUACUUCGUGAAACUCAGAGAAUAUUUGGAAGGUAGUAAUCUCAUCACAAAACUUCAAGCCAAGCAUGACUUGUUGCAGAGGACGCUUGGAGAAGGUCAUAGAGCUGAAUAUAUGACUACAAGGCCUCCAAAUGUUCCCCCUAAGCCCCAGAAACACAGGAAGUCCAGACCCCGCUCACAGUAUAAUGCUAAGUUGUUUAAUGGGGAUUUGGAAACAUUCAUCAAGGACUCAGGACAGAUCAUCCCCCUCAUUGUGGAAAGCUGUAUUCGGUUCAUAAAUCUCUAUGGUCUUCAGCAUCAGGGGAUUUUCAGAGUGUCUGGUUCCCAGGUGGAAGUCAAUGAUAUUAAAAAUUCAUUUGAGAGAGGUGAAAACCCUUUGGCUGAUGACCAGAGUAACCGUGAUAUUAACUCAGUUGCUGGCGUUCUAAAGCUCUACUUCCGUGGGCUGGAAAACCCCCUCUUUCCUAAGGAAAGAUUUAAUGAUCUGAUUUCUUGUGUCAGAAUAGAUAAUCUCUAUGAGAGGGCGCUUCACAUCCGCAAACUGCUCCUGACCUUGCCCAGGUCGGUCCUUAUAGUGAUGAGGUACCUCUUUGCCUUCCUCAAUCAUCUUUCACAGUACAGUGAUGAAAACAUGAUGGACCCUUAUAACCUGGCCAUCUGUUUUGGCCCCACAUUGAUGCCUGUCCCAGAGAUACAGGAUCAAGUGUCCUGCCAGGCUCAUGUGAAUGAGAUUGUCAAAACCAUCAUCAUCCACCAUGAGACUAUUUUCCCAGAUGCUAAAGAGCUGGAUGGCCCUGUUUAUGAGAAAUGUAUGGCUGGAGACGAGUAUUGCGACAGCCCAUACAGUGAGCACGGUACGCUGGAGGAAGUGGAUCAGGACGCGGGUACAGAGCCGCACACCAGUGAAGACGAAUGUGAGCCAAUAGAAGCGAUAGCCAAGUUUGACUAUGUUGGGCGGUCUGCCAGAGAAUUGUCCUUCAAGAAGGGUGCUUCCCUCCUGCUGUAUCACCGCGCGUCGGAGGACUGGUGGGAAGGAAGGCACAACGGGAUUGAUGGGCUGGUACCCCACCAGUACAUAGUGGUCCAAGAUAUGGAUGAUACGUUUUCAGACACUCUGAGCCAGAAAGCCGACAGCGAGGCCAGCAGCGGGCCGGUAACUGAAGACAAGUCUUCAUCCAAGGACAUGAACUCCCCUACAGACCGACAUCCUGAUGGCUAUUUAGCCAGACAAAGAAAAAGGGGAGAGCCACCCCCUCCGGCAAGGCGUCCUGGCAGGACCAGUGAUGGCCAUUGCCCCCUCCACCCCCCACAUGGUCUUUCCAACUCCUCAAUUGACCUGGGGUCCCCAAGCCUGGGCAGUCAUCCCCGGGGCCUGCUGCAGAACCGUGGCCUCAACAACGACAGUCCUGAGCGGAGGCGUCGGCCGGGCCACGGCAGCCUGACCAACAUCAGCCGCCACGACUCCCUCAAGAAGAUUGACAGCCCCCCUAUUAGAAGGUCCACAUCGUCAGGGCAGUACUCGGGCUUCAACGACCACAAGCCGCUGGACCCAGAGACAAUCGCUCAGGAUAUCGAAGAGACGAUGAACACUGCUUUGAACGAACUCCGAGAGCUGGAAAGACAGAGUACGGCAAAGCAUGCCCCCGACGUGGUGCUGGAUACCUUAGAGCAAGUGAAGAACUCUCCCACCCCCGCCGCCUCCACUGAAUCGCUCAGCCCUUUGCACAGCGUCGCCCUCAGGAGCUCAGAGCCUCAGAUUCGUCGGAGCACUAGCUCCUCCAGUGACACGCUGAGUACUUUCAAGCCUGCGGUGGCACCCAGAAUGGGCGUGCAGCUGAAGCCCCCAGCCCUGCGGCCGAAACCUGCUGUCCUUCCAAAAACAAACCCGACCGUGGGACCCGCCCCGCCUUCCCAAGGUCCAGCAGACAAGUCCUGCACAAUGUAA